AUGGCAAGAAAGAAAUCGGAAUCGCCAGUCAAAGGGCUAUCCAAGGCCUCUGCUUCUCCACUUCCGGCGGCAAUUACCAGAUCAUCCACGCGCCAGACAACUCCCUCUGCGAAGAAGGCCGAGGCAACUACAUCGAGGAGCACCAAGAGUCCGGCAAAGAAGGCCGCAUCUCCUGCAAAAGCCAUGACGAAGACCACACGCGCUAGUCCGGCCAAGAAGUCGCCUGCUAGAAAGUCUCCUGCCAAAGUGACGAAGAGCACCAAGAACUCCGCCAGCCCGGCAAAGGCUGUUGCGCCCAAGCGCGGUCGAGGUCGUCCGAAGAAGGUCCAGAUUGAGGAGGAAGAAUACGAGGAAGAGAAAGAAGAGGAAGAGGAAGUCGUCCAAUCGAUUGAACGCUCGCCAGCUCGCAGCAAGAGUCCUGCCAAGCAAACGGGCCGCGCAGCAUCCAAGAGCGCGGCCCGGAAGACUGCUCCAGCGAAGAGCCCUUCGAAGAGUCCUAAGAAGCUGGGCAAGACCCCUGUCCUGAGCCCGGCUCGCCAGACCAGCUUGUCCAGCAGAGCUAGUCCUGCGAGAUCGUCGCCCAAAGCUCCGGGACGCAAAGCCAGCAGCAGCACAGCGAGAAGACAAGCUGACCUGGACGAAGAAGACAUCCAGCAGUUUGGCAACAGCGAGCUGGACGACUCCUACGACAUUUAUGAGAAUGCCCCGCUUGUCAACCAUGGCAACAUCACCCACGAAGCACACCAUAUCGCCUUCCCUUCGCAGAGAUCGAAAGUGACCCCAAGGUCUGCUACGGCUCGUGCUGCUUCCACGCCAGCCACUUCAAGCGCCCGGAAACCCGGUCGUCCACGAAAGACGACCGAACCACUCGACGACUACGAGGAAGAGGAAGAGAUCGAACGUCUCCCUCCAGCGCAAACACGAGGCACCAAGAAACCUUCUGCCGUCUCCGCUCCGGCUCACCUCCCCUUUGGCCGUCCCUCCGCUCCAGGCCGCGGCCACGUACGCUCCUACACCAACCCAGAAUUCAUCCCCGAUGCCAAUGGACACGACACCGACCGCAAGAACCCCUUCUUCGAAACGAUGCCCGCAUCGGAAAUCUGGCAUCGCCGUAUGCCGCCCAUCUUCCCCUUCGGCGAGACCAAACGCAUGGCGGAGAUGUAUAGUGACCAGAUCAACGAGGAUCUGAACCGGAGUAGGUCUUUCUCUGUCUGCGGCAAGCACCAUGGCUUCCCAAAUCCGGUUACUGACGUGUUUUGCUCUCACUAGGUCAUGAAGAAAUGCAAGCCGAGCGAAAAAAUCCUUCCCGACGCAGUGGCGGCGGCGGCGGCGGCGGUGUCUUGGAGACCAUGUCGAAUGCCGUUGGCGGCGUCACCAGCACGAUUGGAAAUCUCCUUGGUGCGGCUUCGAAGCAGCAGAGUCGGCCGUCUUCGGUGGCGGCGGCGAAGGGCAAGGCUCCGGCGGCGGCCACGCGCUUCAAUAUGUGGGAGCUGCCGCUGCUUGACUCGGAACGAGAAGCUCUCGCAUCGGAUGAUGAUGGCGGCAACGUGCGGGCGGGGAAACGAAAAGCGUCUGCGUCUUCUGCUUCUGCUUCGACUGCGGCGUCCAAGAAGCGGAGCAGAGUCGUCUGA